UCUCAUACUUGAAAUUUCAUUCGAAGCUGCUCAAGGGUUUCAAGCUCAUCGACUGAAUCUCUGAGAAAAACAAAAAAACAUGGUCUUCGUUAAGGCACAAAAGUCGAAGGCCUACUUCAAGCGUUUUCAAGUUAAGUUCAAGAGAAGAAGAGAGGGGAAGACAGACUACCGGGCUAGGAUUCGUCUGAUUAAUCAAGAUAAGAACAAGUACAAUACACCGAAAUAUCGGCUUGUUGUUCGAUCUAGCAACAAGGAUGUCGUUGCGCAAAUAAUAUCUGCUAGUAUUGCUGGUGACAUGGUUCUUGCAGUUGCUUAUGCUCAUGAGCUUCCACGCUAUGGGCUUGAAGUUGGUCUGACCAACUAUGCAGCAGCUUACUGCACUGGGCUUCUCCUUGCCCGCCGGGUCUUGAAAAUGCUUGAGAUGGAUGAGGAGUAUCAGGGCAAUGUUGAGGCAACGGGUGAAGAUUUCUCAGUUGAACCUACAGAAAGCAGGAGGCCUUUUCGUGCCCUUCUUGAUGUUGGCCUUGUGAAAACGACGACUGGGCAACGUGUUUUUGGUGCACUUAAGGGAGCAUUGGAUGGUGGACUUGAUAUUCCUCACAGUGACAAGAGGUUUGCUGGCUUUAGCAAGGAUGACAAGCAGCUCAAUGCCGAUGUCCACCGCAAGUACAUUUAUGGUGGCCAUGUUGCUGCUUACAUGAGGCAAUUGAUGGAAGAUGAGCCAGAGAAAUACCAGGCUCAUUUCAGUGAGUAUAUCAAGAGAGGAAUUGAUCCUGAUGGGAUGGAAGAGAUGUAUAAGAAGGUACAUGCUGCCAUUCGUGCUGACCCAACCUUGAAGAAAUCCCAGAAGGAACCACCCAAGGAGCACAAGAGGCACAACUUAAAGAAAUUGACUUAUGAUGAGAGGAAGGCUAGGUUGAUCGAGCGGUUGAAUGCCCUGAACUCUGCUGCUGGAGCUGAUGACGAUGAGGAUGAUGAUGAAUAGUAAUACUGACUCAAAGAAGUUUUGAAAGAGAUUCCAUUUUCUCAUCUGUACAUCUAUAGUCGCAUUUUGCAGUAGUUUUCUUGGUACUCAAUUUUGCUCCAAUAGCAAGUUUUCAUGUGGUUUUUUCAUUGUCUUUGAGAUACUAGCUGGUUUUGGAGAAUUUAAUUAUUCGGAUAAAAUCCAACUUCAAUUUUGACUUAAUAGGUGAU